CUAUCCACGGGGAAACUUUGCAACCCUGGUGAUCGUCUGCACCAGCUGGCAUCAAACACUCUUGACACUUACCAGCAGUCUGCUGGUAUUGCAAAUGUCAGCCAGUUGUUUAGGCAAGAUGACACCGCUGCCGUCCCCACCACUCGACGUCCUUCCUUUGACCAGCUUCUGCAGGAAGUUUCACUGGCUGUUUCAGCCCGUCCAACAGCAGCAGGCGGCGACGACAGUCCCUUCACGAGAGCACCUCUUCUGAGAGAUGCGCUGAUUUGGUGGUGCCUAAAUGUCACCUAUCCCGUGCUCUGUGACAAUACGCAGCUCGGCCUUUUACAUCCGUUUGCUCUCCAACUACUUGAAGACUACCGUCCGGCCGUAAAGUCCUGCGGUCUAAAGCUGCUGAAACACCUCGCAGCCGAAACUCUUCUCAAGGACACGUUUGACAGCAUUUUCGCAUUCUUUCGGCUUCUUGAGCCGGCAGAGAAGAGAAAUUGGCUCAACAAGCUAGCCGAAGUACUCUUCUCUGACUUGGUUCUGGAAAGCAAGCUGGAGAACCGCAUCGUACUGACUGGCUAUGCUAUAACUCUGAUUGAUCUCCUCGGUAGGGAGGUGAUGGUGCACUCAAGGCGUCUUCUGAAGUCCGCAGAACUCACUCUGCUUGCUCCGCGGUCCUCGAACUCGACCAGUCUGCGAGAACGCGAACACCUCUCGUUUUCACGGAUGCUGACCUGCCUGCUCAAGUUUGUCCAACUGUCCUGUGACCUGCUGUUUCCCAAUCUGCUCCCGAUGGUUAUUCCCUUACUGACAUCUUUCGUCGACCUGGAGUGGAGUAGGCGGAACGACAAGGAUGUUGCGGAUGGGCUCAACGCUCUCUCCGCUCAGCUGACGGCUAUUUUGAGCCUCCUGCUCAAACAAAACCCUGGCGAGGUCUCCCGAGUGUUGAGCCGAUGUACGAAAUUGACUCCGCACCUCCAGCCCGUGCUGGCGGCUUGUGGUGACGUGUAUAUACCUACCUGCUAA